AUGAAGACGUCGCCCGACGACGCCGCCGCCGCCGCCGCCGGGGCCGCCGCUCUCGGCGCGGCGCCCUCACAAUCCGCGCUCUCCGUCAUGACAAGCAGAACAGCGCCGGCCUCGUUAGCAUCGUCGGCGAAGCAGCCGCUGCAAGAGAAGGAGAGGCAGAAGCAGCAAUGGAACACCAAGAACCUGCCCGCCCGUCUCGCCGCCGACCUCGCCAGCGCCACCACCGCAGGUGCCCUCAUCGCCCCCAUCAUAUCCAUCAUCGACCGCUCCAUCAUGGAAAACGCCUCGGGCCGCGCCGCUUCCCUCUCGGCCUCCCUCCGCGCCUCCCUCGCCGCCCUCCUCACCCGCCCGCGCCCCGUCCUCUUCUCCCGCCCGACAUCACUCGUCCUCCUCCUCUACGCGGGCACGUACCUCACCGCAAACGCCCUCGAUACCUUCACCUCUGCGGCCCGCGCUCGCCCCGCCUCCGCCGUCUCAGCCGGCCCCGCCAAGUUCGCCGCCUCGUCCGCCGCCAACGUCGCCCUCUGCGUCUACAAGGACCGGCAGUUUGUCCGCCUCUUCGGCGCUGUCUCGUCCGCUGCGUCCUCGGCCCGGCCCGUCCCCCUGCCCUGCUACGCCCUCUUCACCCUCCGCGACUGCAUCACCAUCUUCGCCUCCUUCAACCUCCCGCCGCUGCUCGCCCCGCGUAUCGACCAACGCCUCUCGAGCGACCUGCGCCGCCACAUCUCUGGCCUGACCGCCGCGCAGUUUCUCGCCCCUGCCGCUGUCCAGCUUCUCUCCACGCCGCUGCACCUCCUCGGCCUCGACCUUUAUAACCGUCCCUCUGCUGCUACCGGGCAGCUCCCUGGCCCGUCGUGGCGCGACCGCUGGGCCGCCGUUCGUGCCAAUUGGCUCGUCAGCGCCGCCGCAAGGGUCUGUCGCAUCGUUCCCGCCUUUGGCGUCGGAGGCGUCGUCAACACAAAGGUCCGGCGCGGCCUCAUGGAGCGCCUCGAGUGA